AUGCAAUUUGCUUUAUUCUUUCUCUCGCUCGAACGUUUAUCAAAACAUUUUAAUCUUCCUAUGACAUGGGCAAGAAUAUUUACGAAACCUUAUCUAAUACAAGUUAUUCUAUGGGUUAUAUGGAUUGUUCUUAUUGCAUUACUUGUUACAUUUAUGUUUAUAAGAAAACAAUUUAGUUUUAAUUUAAUAAAAGAUAAAGCAUAUAGUCUUGCUCCACCUAUUCUUGGUGAUGUUGUUAGUAGACUUGCAUCACGUCGUUAUCAUUGUUCAAUUGAUGGUCGUUUAUCAUCUGUAUUUAAAACAUUAAUUAUUAUUUUAUUUGUUAUAUUAAUUGUUAAACCAAUCAUAUUUUCAAUUGGUUUUAAUUUAUGUACACCAUAUUGUUGUAAAAAAACAACGUCGUGA